AAUAUAUAUAGUUAUAUAUGUGGGUAGAGUAUAUGGACUUUCUGCUGGCAACUUGAACGUGUACUAUUUAUUUUUUCAUGCUUCUCUUCAACUGUCCCAUAGCGCCGAGUUUGUCAUUCAUUCCUCUGCAGCAUAGAAGCUAGAAUACUGCGUUAAGUCUUCAUAUUUCGACAGGAUACAGCCCUCGUCAUGGAGAACUCCAACCUUUUCAAACCACUUACCGUCGGGAAAUGUGACCUCGCCCAUCGCAUUGCCAUGGCACCGCUCACCCGAUUUCGAGCGCAAGACAACCACGUCCCUACCAUCCCACUCUCGGCAACCUACUACGCGCAGCGCGCCUGCGUCCCCGGAACACUUCUGAUCUCCGAAGCCACCUUCAUUUCCGACAAGGCGUCCGGGAUGCCAAAUGUGCCCGGCUUAUGGUCCCUCGAGCAGCUCACUGCAUGGAGGGAGAUCACUGAUGCGGUGCAUGCCGAGGGAAGCAAGAUCUACUGCCAGCUGUGGGCACUGGGUCGAGCGGCGGCCCAGCCGGUCAUGGAGGCGAAGGGGCUGGAGAUCGUCAGCUCCAGCGCUGUGCCGAUGACGGAGAAGGCACCUGUUCCGAGGGCACUGAGUGAGGAGGAGAUCUGGGAGUUUGUGGGGGUGUACGCGCAGGCGGCGAAGAACGCAGUCGAAGUGGCAGGGUUUGACGGAGUUGAGAUCCAUGGUGCGAAUGGGUAUCUUAUCGACCAAUUUACGCAAGACACAUGCAACAAACGGACCGACCAAUGGGGCGGCAGCAUCGAGAAACGAUCGCGAUUCGCUAUUGAAAUAGCCAAGGCCAUUGUCAAGGCCGUGGGGUCCGAUCGAGCUGGCAUUCGGUUGUCGCCUUGGGGUACUUUCCAAGGCAUGCUGAUGGACGAUCCGAUCCCACAGUUUACCUACCUUAUUGGCGAGCUCAAGAAGAUCGGGCUUGCCUAUAUCCAUCUGACGGAGAGCAGAGUCACCGGCCCUGUCGAUAUCACGCCAUCCGGUAGCCUGCAUCCGUUUGUGGAUGCCUGGGGCGAGCAACCGGUUAUUAUCGCAGGAGGAUAUACCGCGGAGAAGGCGAGAGAGGCGGUUGAUGUGGAGUAUAAAGGCAAGCCGGUCGUUAUUGCUUUUGGGCGGCAUUUCAUCUCCAAUCCCGACCUUGUGUUUCGGACAAUGAAGGGAAUCCCGUUCACGAAGUACAAUCGGAAGACAUUCUAUAUCCCGAAGAACCCAGUUGGAUACACCGACUAUCCACAUGCGAAGGAGUUUGGGAGGCCUGCCGCUAGUAAAAUAUAAUCUAUAGAUACUUUCGGAAUAAACCCACUUUUGAAUC